AUGCUCCAAAGAAGCAUCGAGAAGAGAUUUCGCCUUUUGGGCUUUGGCGGGGGCGUGGGCCUCCGCUUGGUAUGGCACAUCUCUGGGGAUGAUGGUGGUGGUGGCAGGGGGGAGGAGGGCGACAGCAGGGGCAGCACCGGCUCCAUCUUCAGCUCGUCCUGCUGCGGGCGGUACACGGGCACCGGCAGCUCCAGGCCGUUCUCAGGGGCGAACACGGAGGGCACGACAUCCUGCAACAGGAGAAGACAGGGAUUCGUGGCACCAUCAGGAGAGCAGGAAGUCAACAGAAGACAAAGAGAGAGUGAGAACCGCGAGAGAGAGAGUGAGAACCGCGAGAGAGAGAGUGAGAACCGCGAGAGAGAGAGUGAGAACCGCGAGAGAGAGAGUGAGAACCGCGAGAGAGAGAGUGAGAACCGCGAGAGAGAGAGUGAGAACCGCGAGAGAGAGAGUGAGAACCGCGAGAGAGAGAGUGAGAACCGCGAGAGAGAGAGUGAGAACCGCGAGAGAGAGAGUGAGAACCGCGAGAGAGAGAGUGAGAACCGCGAGAGAGAGAGUGAGAACCGCGAGAGAGAGAGUGAGAACCGCGAGAGAGAGAGUGAGAACCGCGAGAGAGAGAGUGAGAACCGCGAGAGAGAGAGUGAGAACCGCGAGAGAGAGAGUGAGAACCGCGAGAGAGAGAGUGAGAACCGCGAGAGAGAGAGUGAGAACCGCGAGAGAGAGAGUGAGAACCGCGAGAGAGAGAGUGAGAACCGCGAGAGAGAGAGUGAGAACCGCGAGAGAGAGAGUGAGAACCGCGAGAGAGAGAGUGAGAACCGCGAGAGAGAGAGUGAGAACCGCGAGAGAGAGAGUGAGAACCGCGAGAGAGAGAGUGAGAACCGCGAGAGAGAGAGUGAGAACCGCGAGAGAGAGAGUGAGAACCGCGAGAGAGAGAGUGAGAACCGCGAGAGAGAGAGUGAGAACCGCGAGAGAGAGAGUGAGAACCGCGAGAGAGAGAGUGAGAACCGCGAGAGAGAGAGUGAGAACCGCGAGAGAGAGAGUGAGAACCGCGAGAGAGAGAGUGAGAACCGCGAGAGAGAGAGUGAGAACCGCGAGAGAGAGAGUGAGAACCGCGAGAGAGAGAGUGAGAACCGCGAGAGAGAGAGUGAGAACCGCGAGAGAGAGAGUGAGAACCGCGAGAGAGAGAGUGAGAACCGCGAGAGAGAGAGUGAGAACCGCGAGAGAGAGAGUGAGAACCGCGAGAGAGAGAGUGAGAACCGCGAGAGAGAGAGUGAGAACCGCGAGAGAGAGAGUGAGAACCGCGAGAGAGAGAGUGAGAACCGCGAGAGAGAGAGUGAGAACCGCGAGAGAGAGAGUGAGAACCGCGAGAGAGAGAGUGAGAACCGCGAGAGAGAGAGUGAGAACCGCGAGAGAGAGAGUGAGAACCGCGAGAGAGAGAGUGAGAACCGCGAGAGAGAGAGUGAGAACCGCGAGAGAGAGAGUGAGAACCGCGAGAGAGAGAGUGAGAACCGCGAGAGAGAGAGUGAGAACCGCGAGAGAGAGAGUGAGAACCGCGAGAGAGAGAGUGAGAACCGCGAGAGAGAGAGUGAGAACCGCGAGAGAGAGAGUGAGAACCGCGAGAGAGAGAGUGAGAACCGCGAGAGAGAGAGUGAGAACCGCGAGAGAGAGAGUGAGAACCGCGAGAGAGAGAGUGAGAACCGCGAGAGAGAGAGUGAGAACCGCGAGAGAGAGAGUGAGAACCGCGAGAGAGAGAGUGAGAACCGCGAGAGAGAGAGUGAGAACCGCGAGAGAGAGAGUGAGAACCGCGAGAGAGAGAGUGAGAACCGCGAGAGAGAGAGUGAGAACCGCGAGAGAGAGAGUGAGAACCGCGAGAGAGAGAGUGAGAACCGCGAGAGAGAGAGUGAGAACCGCGAGAGAGAGAGUGAGAACCGCGAGAGAGAGAGUGAGAACCGCGAGAGAGAGAGUGAGAACCGCGAGAGAGAGAGUGAGAACCGCGAGAGAGAGAGUGAGAACCGCGAGAGAGAGAGUGAGAACCGCGAGAGAGAGAGUGAGAACCGCGAGAGAGAGAGUGAGAACCGCGAGAGAGAGAGUGAGAACCGCGAGAGAGAGAGUGAGAACCGCGAGAGAGAGAGUGAGAACCGCGAGAGAGAGAGUGAGAACCGCGAGAGAGAGAGUGAGAACCGCGAGAGAGAGAGUGAGAACCGCGAGAGAGAGAGUGAGAACCGCGAGAGAGAGAGUGAGAACCGCGAGAGAGAGAGUGAGAACCGCGAGAGAGAGAGUGAGAACCGCGAGAGAGAGAGUGAGAACCGCGAGAGAGAGAGUGAGAACCGCGAGAGAGAGAGUGAGAACCGCGAGAGAGAGAGUGAGAACCGCGAGAGAGAGAGUGAGAACCGCGAGAGAGAGAGUGAGAACCGCGAGAGAGAGAGUGAGAACCGCGAGAGAGAGAGUGAGAACCGCGAGAGAGAGAGUGAGAACCGCGAGAGAGAGAGUGAGAACCGCGAGAGAGAGAGUGAGAACCGCGAGAGAGAGAGUGAGAACCGCGAGAGAGAGAGUGAGAACCGCGAGAGAGAGAGUGAGAACCGCGAGAGAGAGAGUGAGAACCGCGAGAGAGAGAGUGAGAACCGCGAGAGAGAGAGUGAGAACCGCGAGAGAGAGAGUGAGAACCGCGAGAGAGAGAGUGAGAACCGCGAGAGAGAGAGUGAGAACCGCGAGAGAGAGAGUGAGAACCGCGAGAGAGAGAGUGAGAACCGCGAGAGAGAGAGUGAGAACCGCGAGAGAGAGAGUGAGAACCGCGAGAGAGAGAGUGAGAACCGCGAGAGAGAGAGUGAGAACCGCGAGAGAGAGAGUGAGAACCGCGAGAGAGAGAGUGAGAACCGCGAGAGAGAGAGUGAGAACCGCGAGAGAGAGAGUGAGAACCGCGAGAGAGAGAGUGAGAACCGCGAGAGAGAGAGUGAGAACCGCGAGAGAGAGAGUGAGAACCGCGAGAGAGAGAGUGAGAACCGCGAGAGAGAGAGUGAGAACCGCGAGAGAGAGAGUGAGAACCGCGAGAGAGAGAGUGAGAACCGCGAGAGAGAGAGUGAGAACCGCGAGAGAGAGAGUGAGAACCGCGAGAGAGAGAGUGAGAACCGCGAGAGAGAGAGUGAGAACCGCGAGAGAGAGAGUGAGAACCGCGAGAGAGAGAGUGAGAACCGCGAGAGAGAGAGUGAGAACCGCGAGAGAGAGAGUGAGAACCGCGAGAGAGAGAGUGAGAACCGCGAGAGAGAGAGUGAGAACCGCGAGAGAGAGAGUGAGAACCGCGAGAGAGAGAGUGAGAACCGCGAGAGAGAGAGUGAGAACCGCGAGAGAGAGAGUGAGAACCGCGAGAGAGAGAGUGAGAACCGCGAGAGAGAGAGUGAGAACCGCGAGAGAGAGAGUGAGAACCGCGAGAGAGAGAGUGAGAACCGCGAGAGAGAGAGUGAGAACCGCGAGAGAGAGAGUGAGAACCGCGAGAGAGAGAGUGAGAACCGCGAGAGAGAGAGUGAGAACCGCGAGAGAGAGAGUGAGAACCGCGAGAGAGAGAGUGAGAACCGCGAGAGAGAGUGA